AAGGAAAAAUGGAAAAUUUACUACAUUACGGUGGUUCUGUUGUUCAUCAAAGAGACUGGUUCUUUAACUAUUUAUGGAAAUGAUAGGAACAGAUGGACUCGGAUAAUUCUGGUACUGAUGAGCUUCUGUAUAACUUGGACUAGAGUAAUUGAGAACCAGUCUAUGUUCUAUGAUGCUGAAUCGAGGUUACCAGGACUUUCUAAUGAUCUAUUUAGUAUUUGUGGACUUUUCUCGGACUAUAAGGAAUGAUGUCACGAGUGAGAUGGUGGGAUUCAGAUGAUGCGGAUAGCUCCGCCGAGUUCUCUGGUGAUAUGGCGUCGUACGAUAGCGGUUCCAAAGAGAACCCUGAUGAUCAUGUUGGGACAGAUGUUGAUGGAAGAAUGGAUAACUCUGCAGAAUUAAGAAUGGAAAGUGAAAGUCCGUCUUCGGAACUGGAAAAGCUUCAUAGUGGAAAUACUAGUGAUAAUGAAUCUAUGGAGUCCGGAAAGAGCGGAAGUUAUGAUGUCAAUCCAGAAGUUACUGGAGAUAAUGUUCAAAUUGAUGUCACAGAUGGAAAUAUAGGUGAUAGUGCAAGUAAAAGUGUUGAAAUUAGUGAAAGUAAAAGUUCUGGUCAUGCAAUGUUUAUCGAUCUGAAAGAGCCGGCAGAAAAGAAGUUUAAAUCAGAUAGGAGAUUAACAGAUAGUGUGUUGCUUGAGAAACAUUCGAGUGAUGGAAGUAGUGGUAAACUGAACGAAAGUCUAGGUAGUCGACCCAGCUCAGCUGCAAGCUCCGGAAAAAGCGGAACUCCCGGGAAAGACAAAGGCGAAGAUGCAAAAAAAUUAUACAUGAUAUGGAGUGGAAGAGUAGAUCCAAUAAGAAAAGAAAAAGAACGUGAGCGCGAGGAAAGAAUCAAACACGCUCAGCAGAAACUUAAUGAGGAACGGCAACGUAAAAUUGAGGAGAUGCGAGAGCAGCAACGUAUAGCGCAGGAAAAUAGAGAAAAACAGCUUGAAGCACGUAGAAGAAAGAUAGAAGAUUUGAAAAAACGGGAGGAAGACAGGCGCAAACAAGUGGAAGAAAGGAGACGUGUUCAGGAAGAAACAGACAGGGUUAAAAAAGAAGCCAUUUUGAAUAAAGCCAAGGAAAGAUUAACACGUUACGAGCAGUGGAAGGCACAUGGUCGUAAAGGUGGGCGCAGACAUGUCCUUGGCUUUGGAAGCCGGACACCGCGUGAAGUGUGCUUUACGCUAGAUGCAAGACGUUCUUCGUCUCAAAGCACGCUUAGACGCUCCCCUAACAGCUCCGAUUAUGACUCAUACUUUAAUCGCCGAGCAGUGUCGGCAAGCAGUGUAGUACGCCGACACUGCUGUAUAGAUAUUAACAAACUCACGCAGGGGACGGCUCGGCAGAAUCCUUACGGCGGAAGUUUGUACCGAUAUUUCAGUACCUAUUUCAUAAGUAUGAAACACUCUUAUCCGCAGUAUGGCUUUAAAGCACGGAGGAAACGCCGUUACCCUGGGGAUUCCCCACCCUCCAAAAAAUUAUCAGCAUCAAUGAGCGCGUUGUAUCAUAAACGCAGUCCCGACUUCUCCUCCACUGGUACCCUACAUACGACGGGUACUGGCAACCUCAAAAAAUCUGGGGCCGAAUCCAUGAUGGCUCUCCACUCCAUUCCCGAAAACCGACUUGGCCGCUCUUUUGUAGCGUCCGCACCUCCCACAAAGCACAAAAGCGCAGUGAACCUCGCCAGUGUGAAGAUGAGAGAUCCAUCCAAGACAUCGCCACGGAAACCACGCCCAUCAAGUGUUGCGACGUCAAUGCCAAGCUUUGUGAGAGUGGAGACUGACACGCCGAAGUCGUCACGCAGCAAGAGUACAGAAAGGGGUCCGAGAGAUCGCAGUAAAGGAAGGGUGUCAAUCAAGACUGAUGAGGAUAAAGCUGAUGGCAAGGAGAAGAAAGCUGCAACCUUGCCGAGACCAUAUGAUAGAAAGAAGAUAGAAGAGCGAAGGCAGGAAGUCAAGAAAAAGACAGAGGAAAGAAAAGAACGUGAGCGGGAGAGAGAAAGAGAAAGAGAAAAAGAAAGAAUGACAAAAUCUGAAAUUCAGCAUGAGACAAAGGGAAUGGAGAAACCACCACCCAGAAUGUCUAGGUCGUUUGUGGAGAGGAUGGCGGCACCUAAACACCCGUCGCCAGAUAAAAAGGAGCCAGUUAGAGAGCCGACACCAGUUAAGGUAGUAAGAAGAAGUGGCCCAAUCGAGGCCCCGGUAACUUCUAGACAGGCAAAGACUCCUGUAAAAGACAAACCACCUAAGGUUCCUAAGGAGUCCCCAUCUAAGAGUGCACUCAAGACUACAGACAAGAUCAAGGAUGACUCCUCAGAGACGAAGUCAGAAUCCUCCAAAUCUGUAAGCCCCGCCCCCUCGGGUACGCCUCCUGCUAGAGGAACACCCACCAUACAGAUUGAGGAAGCUGCAGAUAUCCCAGAAACCCCUGUGGACGGUGAGGUACCAGCUGAAAAGCCUGAGAGCCCGGAACCAGAGGAGAGGAGAGAGCCAGUGGUAAGAAUUGCUGAGCCGGAAGCUCCAAGAACUCCUCCAAAAGCUAAACCGGAGUCCAAGCAGUCAACACCCGAGCCUAAAGCAGCUCCUAAAGCAGAUAAACCAGCACAGAAAACUGACAAGGAACGCGAGAUGGAGGAGUAUAAAGCUAAGCUGGCCGAGAAAAGAAGACUGGCGAGAGAAAAGGCGGAGCGAGAGGCAGAGAUUGAAAGGCUUAAGCAAGAGGAACUGCAACGCCAGGAGGAAGAAAGACAGAGGCUGGAGGAAGAAAGACAGAGACAGGAAGAGGAAGAGGCUCUUAGACUGGCAGCAGAGGCUCGGCAAAUUGAGGAAGAGAGGUUACAGAAAGCGAUAGAGGCGGAGGAGAAGAGGAAACGUGAGGAGGCCGAGAGACAAGAACAAGACAGAAUUGCUAAGGAGGAAGCCGAGAAGAAGGCAAAGGAGGAGGCAGAGAAGCGUGAGAAAGAGAUGCAAGAACGUGCACGCAGAGAGGAAGAGGAACGUGUCGAACGGAAAAAGAGAUUGGAAAUGAUAAUGAAGAGAGUGAAGACAGACAGUCCCAGUACUACACCAGAGAAAUCUAGGACUGAGUCUCCAACACGUGUAGUUACAUCUUCAUCAAGCAGAACCAGUCUGGUUUCAUCUGAAGACGAAACUGACAAAGAAGAAAAAUCCGACGGACUCAAACCUGAAACAGAUGAUACGCCAAAAUUCAAAUCACCACUUCUACAAAAGCUGGCAGAAGGCAAGGGCCAAGAUGGGGAUUCCGGAACGCCAAAGUUCAAAUCUCCAUUGCUGCAAAGCAUUAUGGGUAAAACAAAAAUUGGUGCCAGGUUGUCCGGUACCAGACUGGAUGAGAUGGAUAAAAGUACCGAAAGUCUAACAAAAAGUUCUGAGGAGCUUUCGGAAAAAGAGAAAAAGCAAGAAUUGGAAAAAGAAAAAGAUAUCAUUGACUCUGGAAUUUCAAAUGGUUCUGUUAAAUGUGAAAGUACUGAACAAUUGAUAGAAGAUGAUAAUUUAGCAAUGCGUUCCGAUGUUGAUUCACAUGAUACUGUGAGUCAUAAAACUGUGAUAGAGGUUAAAGAUAAGGAAAUUCAUGAUGGUGAUGAUAGUUUUGAACAUAAAGUUAGUGAUAAUAUUGCCACAAAAGACACAAUAACUGAUUCUCAAACAAUGAUGGACCCAAAUGCCGAUAGUGCACUUUCGUUGUCCUUUAACGGUAUUGGAAGCUCUUCUCACAAUGGGGAUUUACAUAUAGAACAGAAAGAACCAGUAGACCCAAGGGAUUUAGUAGAUUCAAGUAUUAGCGUGAGAACGGUAGAUUCCUUAGAGAGCCCCCAAACUGGUAUCGGAUCUUUCGGUGUCAGCAUCACUGAUUCUCAAACAGUUCCAUCAUCCGACUCCACACAGUUUGAAGAAAUCAUAGACCUUACAGGUGUUCCAACAAAACCAUUAAAAUUUGGUGACAGUUUUGUGAAUCAUAGUGAGGACUUACUGAAUUUAAACAAUGUGGAUGGAGUGGAUAACGGGCACCUGAGUGAGGACGGAGAUGUGAGCACACAUCCUGUUGGUAAACCUAUUGUAGCGUUUGAGGAGAAUGCAACAAGAAGACAAGAUGUCACAGACCUCUUGUCAUGAAGACACAACUGAUGUUAAUGCAUCCAUGGUAACUGCAGAUCUUUCAUCCAAUCAGCACGCAGAAUCGAGCAUGGACAAACAUGACGCUAUUGGUGCGUCACAGCACUCCCCAUGUGUCAAUAAUACACGUAAAUCUAACAAUACAGAUUUCAAAUACGUCUCUGUUGGAAAUCAUUCAAAUUACAGAGACCAUUCUGGCAGAUACACUGAAGACUUUAGCCAGAGACUUAAUGAUGACCCAGAAAAAAUAGAACGUCUCGACAAUUUAUGGUCCGAAGUGGAAGAUACUAUGGGUCGUCAAUAUUCAGAUGCGUGUAAAGUGCUGGAGGUUUAUGGGAUAGGGGAGGGGGAGGAAGACAGUGAAACAGAGGAGGGACAAUUGUGGAGAAUGGUCCAGGGUGAUGCACCCUACACCCUAAAUAUUGUAUGAGUUUUUUUAUGAUAUCAAAUAUUUCCACAAAUUUUCUUGCCACAUGGAAAAAGCAAAUCAUGCUAUCUAUUGAACUGAAAGCUAAGGGAUUGAUGUACUUUCUUAUAAUGAUUUAUAAGAGGAUUGUGAAUUUUUGUAAUUUGUCUUUUUCAAGUGUUAAAUAACAUUGGUGCAAUAAUAGUUUUGACAGUAACUAAAGGGAAAUAAUCAUUAACAUAUGAAAAUAGUUUUGAUAUUUGUAAUAAUCUCCCUUGCAUAAUUGUGGCUAACUGGUAUGAAGUGCAUUUAAAACUUACAAGUAAGGUGCUGUUUCAUUUGUUAACUCAUUGUUUGAAAAGCUGAAGUACAAGGCAUUCACAUUGAAUUCUAACUUACAAACAAUAUUCUUGUCCAUUCUUAUGUAGGUGCCAAAUCCUGGAUCAUUAUUACCUCCCUUUGAUCAUCAGUUGAAUGAUAGAAUUACCUCCCCUGUAUUUUUGUGUUCUUUAUUAUAUAUAAAAGCUGUGAUCUUACUAGUGAUAUGUGUAAAAGAACUGUGAUGUUUCAAAGUAAUCCGAAUAGACUUUUGCUGACAUGUUUCAAAAAAGGUAAAGCACAAACUUAAGAACUGUAGUAUGCAGUUAGAUUAUUAAUGGCAUUCUGACUGUCUUGCAAAAAAUCUUAACUUUCAAAAUUUUCCUGUUUCACAAAAAAGCUACUGGUAACUGAAUGAUUCUUAAACUUUUUAAAGGCUUGAUUUUAUGUAUUUUGGUAAAUCUUGAAGCAUUUUCUUGAGUAUUUUUUUUUACUUAAAUGCAUAUAAAAACCAUGCUUAUUUAACAUUAUGCUCCUUUCGGGUUUUAUCAGUGUAUGCAUUAUUAUGACGUGCAAUUGCACAAGAAAAAAGAAAUUUAGGACAUUUCAGUAUUUUUAUACAUUCUUGAAAUGAAAUCAUGUAUUACUGUAUAACUAUAUUACUGGAACAAUGAAAUUGACAAGAAAUAUCAUGAAAAUACUUAAUAAUGCAGAUCUGUGUGAGCUGUAUUCUCAAAAACAGGUGACAUUUUGGUUUAAAAGUAAGAUUAAAAAUAAACUGACUAGGGAAAAAUUUUUCCAAGAUAAUUGAUUAUGGUUAUUUUUGAUACAUCACCGUACUUUUAAUAAUGUGAACUAUAUAUAAAAAUGGUUGUUAUGACAACAUAUUGUGCUGAUCUGCCAUUUUCAUGUUAUAUUUAUUGUUGAAAUACGUAAAGCUGUAAUUAGUGGUGUGCUUCAGUGUUUCAAGUCAAUUUAAUCGCUAUAUUUCAUGUCGCCAUUAAUUGAUGUAGCACUUUCUUAAUUGGCUAAUUGAUAUACUGCUAUACAGCUAUGUCAAGUAUUUGUGACAUGGCUACACAGUAAUGUCAAGUAUUUAUGACACUGCUCUACAGUAAUGUCAAGUGCUUGUGAUGUUUUAUGGAAGCUCAGUCUUUGAUAUUUUCAUGUAUGUAAGAAGUUGAAUAGCAUUUUGUAACUUUCCUCAUUGUUGUAAUAAGUUCAAAUCAUUUGUCUAGAGUUACAUAUUAAAAAGAUCAUGAGACCCUGUUUAAUCAAUGUUAGAAUAUUUUGUUGUACUGUCUAGUUUCACCAGUGUUGGAUAAUUCAGACUUAAAGUAGGAUUCUUUAUUGACUGUUAUGUUAACUAAAAAUCCUGUUUGAAGUUGGCAUUUAACCAGCAUGUAAUAAACAUAACCACUCAAGAUCUGCCAAUUGAACUAGCUCUGUUGGAUGGUCAGAGACUUAGAAUUUAGUGUGAACAGGGUCUUACUGAUGUUUUUCUUUCUCACAAACAAUUACACACAUCACCAUGCCUCAUUUAGUCCACAUAAGUCACAGAAUCAUGUUUGUAUUAAUAAUUUAUUGGUUAGAAUGUCCUCAGUUUUAAUCAUUGUAUUAAACAUCAUUUAGAAAAUGUUAAUUGGCAUUGAAUGGCCAGUAUGAAAUCUGUAAAUGAGUCACAGAAUGUGUACAUGUACGUGAGGAAUAUAAAUCCAAAGUUAAAACAAGAAAAGGAGCUUACCUAUACCAUUUAUAAUUUUCACAAGAAUGUUUGGUAGAGCCGUACUGAACAAUAUGGUAGUAUCCCUUCAAAGCUGCAGUAAUAAUGAUUUGUCAUUUAAAGGGACUUAACUCCAGAUUUACAUCAGAGUACUAUUAAAUUUGAGAAAACACUUCUAGUUAAAACACAAUGGUCCAGUUAGUUUUUAAGGCAUGCUUGUGAAGCUGCAAAAUGUAUUAAACAUUCAUUUACUUGUACUCCUGGUUUCAGAGUAAAAUUGUAAGAAGAAUUGGCACAAGUUUAAAUGUACUGUGAAAAUAUCCACUGAAAUUACAUUAACCUUUGUUAACAUGCUGGACACGAUUGAUUCUGCCUUUACUAACAGUGUAGAUCAUGAUCAGCCUGCACAUCCAUGCAGUCUGAUCAAGAUCUGUACUGUUCGCCAUUCAGUCAGUAUCUUUUUGGUUUGCACCCCGUUUUACAGUUAAUGGUACUGUCCAAAUUGAAAGACGGACAAGUUCAUUACAGAAAUUUAGCAGAGUAAUUUUGGAUGGUAUUUUGAUGUUAAUUUGGAUUUGAGUCCUGUUUUAAGAAAUAAGUGUUGACUGUUUUUAAUAUUCAUAUUGUCCGAGGCAAUCUCCUACUCUGUAUUUAUAGAAAAAAUUUGUAUUGAGGGCAAAAUGUCCGAGAAACACCAAUUACUGAGUUACUGAAAAAAAAAAAACGACACUUUUUGUUGAUUUUGAAUGAUGGCUUCUAUACAUAAAGCUUAUUUUACUUGUUCUGUCUAGUAUUAACAGUUUUGAAAUUUCUAUCUUUAAACAUUUUCGAGGUUGUUGGCUUUUUUGACUGUUAUUUAGACGAUAUGGAAAUAUGUAUUUAUUUAUAAUUUUAUAGAGUUUUUCAUAGUAUUUUAUACUUCUGUACAUUCUAAUAGUAGAUAAAAAUCAUAUGAUCUUACACUUUUGUUACCAUUUGUUUGAUUUAACACUAAAACUUGUUUUAUUUAACAAGAAUGAAACUUGUUUGAUUUAUCAGGACUUAAACUUGUUUGAUUUAACAAGAAUGAAACUUGUUUGAUUUAACAAGAAUGAAACUUGUUUGAUUUAACAAGAAUGAAACUCAUUUGGUUUAACAAGAAUGAAACUCAUUUGAUUGAUUUAACAAGAAUGAAACUCAUUUGAUUUAACAAGAAUGAAACUCAUUUGAUUUAACAAGAAUGAAACUCGUUUGAUUUAUCAGGACUUAAACUUGUUUGAUUUAACAAGAAUGAAACUGGUUAUACUUCACAAGACUAAAUCCGUUCUUGUAUUAUUCUUCUGAUAGCUAUAGAUCUCAGUGAUACAAAUAACAGUCUUGGGAAUAUUAACUGAUUAAAUGAAAAUUUACUGAUGACUUUUAUGUGUCUAGAAUUACAGAUUUGUUUGGUUGUUGAUCUAUAUAGAAUACAUUUUGUUUUGUGAUAACAGUAGCCUGUAUGUCUUAUUAUUUGUUUUUUGGAAGAUUUUUUGUAUUUAAAAAACAAGAGAACUAUUUUGCUCAAGAAUUUGCUAAUUUCUGUUGCCUUUGUUUGUAUGUUAACAGUGUGUAAUAGCAGAUGUUGAUGAUUUUAACAAAGGUUUAUUGAUUUAGAAUCAAUAUUUAUCACUGGAUUGAAAAAAACAAACUGACAAGUAUUGACUUAUCAUACACCUGUUUGGUUUUGUCAUUGGCUAUUUGAGAUAUUUCUGUUUGUUUCUCGUUGAAGUAUUUCUACAUUUAUUGUAAUCACAAAGUGCUAAAAAUUACAUAACACAUUAAUAUAUUUUGUUCAUGCGAUUCCUUUUCGAAAUUUUUGUUUGGUUGAAAGGGUCCAUGAAUUUCCUCCUUAAGUUUGGUUGUGGAGUAUUUUUUGUUUGCGUACCAACCAGACUGCUUUCGGUGUCAAUCAAAGUGAUUUCAUGUAAGCUUUAUAACUCCUAACUCUCCUUUUUCCUGCUUUUGUUAUAGUGGGUACACAACCUGCCUUUCUUUUAUUUUAUUUUCCAUAAUGGGAUGUAUUGUAAAAAAUGGGAUAGUCUUAAAAUAAGCAGAGGGGCUUUAAAAUUCAAUCAAGAUAGAUACAUGUAAGUUACAGACACAGAUUAAACAUUUUGCUGAGAUGUGGAACCAUAAUUUGUAGUCCUGUUUGGUGCCAUAUAACCUGUACUGUGUUGAUGCGCCGUAAAACCCAAAUCAAAACAAACAAAAAAAUAAAAAUAUAAACAUAUUGCAUAUAGUAUUGGGUUGCGGUUGGAACUGGCCAGAACCAGAGGACAUUUAACGAUGCAAUUUCCACCUAUAAAUGUAACAAACCUUCAUAAACCCAACAUCGUUACUUACCCUUUCUAUUUAAGUCUCACAAUUUCUCUAAUGAAUACACAAAUAUGGGAUCAGUAUUGUUUCUUGUUUCCAGACCCUUGCUUAUUACUCCACAUUGCUACACCGUCGAGGCUUUGUGUUUUUGUGUUUAUGAACAGCUUUGUUGACUUGGUUUUCGCAUAAGGAGGAAAUCAUACCUGGACACCUUACCUUUCAGUUAUAGUGAUGAAAGAUCAAGUUAUACAAAAUGUAUACAAGAAGUAUCAUUUGAAAAUAUAGGACAAAUGUGGUGGCAAGCAUUUGUUGAACUGGAUAUCUUAACUGCAAGAUAACAGUUACAGAAAGCAGUUACACUCCGUAGAUACCACUUAUGAUAUAUUUUUUUCUUGCUGGUGUAAAACCAGAGGUAGCUAGUAUAAAACUAUAACAAUUUUUUUUAUAGUACUGAAUUUAAGGCUGUAUUAAUCGCCUUACCAAAUUACUACUGUUUCUAAUUAAUUUUUAACUUGCUGCCAAAUUCCAUUUCCUACUUCGAAAAUAUAGAAUCAAUUGUGUAUUUUUUUUUCAUUUCGAAUUUAACAGUAAAUUUCAGUAAUGAACUGUUUUUGCUUUAAAUCUACAUUAAAAUAACAAGAUUUUCUUAACUUUAUUUGAACAAACUCGGAAUGAGCCCAAAAUUUAAAUUUUCAUUAGUUGACAUAUGACUAUUAAUAAAUUUUCAACUCAGUUAAGUAAUAAAAACAAGAAUUGCACAAUUGGUCAGUACUGUUGCGGCACAAAACCACUGUAUACAGUAACACUACAUUUCUGCUGGUCCAGAGAAGAAAUAUUCUUAACACAACACAAUAUAUGUACAUGUCCAUUGUCUGUGGGGAGUAUGAUUGAAAAAAGACAUUGUGUUACAUAUAUAUAUAUGAGCAUAUACUACAAACAUAGUUUGUAUGUUGUUUCGAUACUAACUUUAUGGAUAAGUGAGGAAGUUGUAAGAGAAUGUUUCGUGAUUUAGUGACACUUGAUAAAAAGUGUGACUUCCUUUUUUUUUGCACAUUGAUAUAUUAUGCUAUGUAUUGUUUCAGUAAAGUGGAAUAAUAUUG